AUGGAUGUGAAUGAACUCUUCUCGGCGACUUUGAAUCCCGACCCCAAUGUCAGAAAGCAUGCCGAGUUGCAGUUGAGGCAGGCCGAGCGAACUCCGGGCUUCAUGGCUGCUGUCCUCGAAGCCGCUGCUUCCUCUCAGCAGAAUCUUGCAGUUCAACAAGCCGCCGCAGUUUACUUCAAGAACAGGGUUUCUCGCUCUUGGGAAGAUGACUCCUCAAUUCCGGUUCAGAUCGCCCUUGCGGCCGACGAGAAGGAGAUGAUCAAGCAGAGGGUUGUCCCUAUCCUUGUGUCGGCACCUGUCAGCGUUCGACCUCAAUGGACCACGGUGCUCAACAAGAUUCUCGCGCAAGAAUUCCCUGAAAAAUGGCCGGGAUUCAUGGAAACCACCAUCCAGCUCUUGCGGAAUCAAGGAGACCUGCAAUCAACCUACGCGGGAUUGGUCUGUCUGUUGGAAAUCACUAGGGUGUACCGCUGGAAAUCCGGGGACAAACGCGUUGAAUUGGAUCAGAUUAUCCGGGAAACCUUCCCUGUGUUGCUUGAGAUUGGAAAAGGCUUGGUUGGUCAGGAGAGCGUUGAAGCUGGUGAGAUGUUGAGGCUGGUCCUCAAGAUUUACAAGUCUUCUAUUGGUCUGGAGUUGUCGAGAGAGCUUCAGGCUCCUGGAUCUAUCGUGCCUUGGGGAUCUCUCUUCUUGCAGGUUGUCGGAAAGCCUCUGCCUGAAGAUGAUAACGGCGAACGUGAUGUGACCGCAUGGUGGAAGGCGAAGAAAUGGGCGUACUACAGCUUGAACAGACUCUUUGAGCGAUACGGCAACCCGUCAACGCUUUCAGGCGCCGCUGUGGAACAGUACGACGAUUUUGCACAGGGUUUUGUGGAGCAAUUUGCCCCUGAGAUCUUGAAGGCAUACUUGCAGCAGGUUGAGCUCUGGAUCCAACGCAAGAUCUGGCUUUCUAAGCGCUGCUUGCAGUACACUAUUCACUAUCUCGAGGCUUGUAUCAAACCAAAAUCAACGUGGGUUCUUCUUAAACCUCAUGUGGAGAAUUUGGUCUCUCACUUCAUCUUCCCUCAGAUCUGCCUUACUGAUGAAGACCUUGAAAGUUGGGAGGAUGAUCCUGCAGAGUAUAUCCACCGCAAGUUGGACUUCUUUGAAGACUUUUCUUCCACUGACUUUGCGGCCAUCGAGUUUCUUGUGGCGCUUGCUCAAAAGCGCAAGAAGCACACUUUCAUGGGCAUCCUAGGUUUCGUCAACUCGACAUUGACUGCACAACAAGCUGCCGGUGGUGCGGCUAACCCAAGGGAGAAAGAAGGUGCGUUGAGGAUGGUUGGUGCCUUGGCUCAUAUCAUUCUUGCAAAGAACAGUCCCGUGUCUGGUAUGAUGGAGGGUUUCUUUGUCUCGCACGUUCUCCCCGAAUUCCAGAGUCCUCAUGGCUUCUUGCGUGCACGCGCUUGUGAAAUGAUGAACAGGUUUGCCGACCUUCAGUUCCAGGACAAAAACAACCUGGGUAUCGCUUACACCAGUAUCAUCAACUGCAUGGGUGACAAGGAGAUCCCUGUUCGCGUGGAGGCCGCGUUGGCGUUGCAACCUAUGAUCCAACAUCCUGAAAUCAAGAAUGCUAUGGUAUCAAGGAUUCCGCAGAUUAUGGAGCAGCUGCUCAAGCUCAGUAACGAGAUUGACGUCGAUGCCCUUGCCAAUGUUAUGGAGCAGUUCGUUGAGGUAUUCUCAGAGGAGUUGACGCCUUUCGCUGUUCAGUUGACGGAGUCCUUGAGGAACACUUUCCUUCGUAUCAUGCAAGAAUCUGUCGACCAACAGAAGAAGUUCAAUCCGAACGACGACUUUGAUGCAUCCGAAUAUGUUGAUGACAAGUCUCUUGCUGCUCUUGGUGUCCUCAACACAAUCGGAACCCUCAUCCUUUCUCUGGAAAACACACCAGAGGUUCUUCUCCAGCUUGAGAACAUUCUCCUGCCUGUCAUCCAGUUGAUUUUGGGCAAUGAGGUUGUCGAUUUGUACGGUGAAAUCUUUGAAAUCAUCGACAGUUGCACGUUCUCGUCAAAGAUGAUCUCGCCUACGAUGUGGCAAAUCUUCGAGCUCCUUCACAAGUGUUUCAAGGAUUCCGGCAUGGACUUCAUUGACGAAAUGUUGCCAUGUCUUGAUAACUUUGUGUCUUACGGAGCGGACUCUCUGAGGCAGAACCCUACUUACCUUGCCGCAAUCAUCGACAUCAUCCAAACCGUUUUCUCGUCGGAUCGUUUAGGUGCUCAGGAUCGUAUUUGUGGUUGUAAGUUGGCGGAAGCAGUCUUAUUGAACCUCCGUGGUGCUGCUGAUCAAUAUCUGCAAUUCUUUGCGGAUCAGGCUAUGGUCAGGUUGACGACUCCGGGUGAGGUUAAGACUGCCGAUUAUCGCAUCUAUCUACUUGAGCUCGUCAUCAACUGCAUAUACUACAACCCAGCAGCUACUCUGGCGGUUCUGGAACAGCGCGGUUAUGUCCAGUCCUUCUUCAAUCUCUGGUUCACCAACAUUGGUUCAUUUAGCCGCGUGCACGACAAGAAGCUUUCUAUCUGUGCCAUCACAGCUCUCUUUAGCAUGCCUCAAGAGCAAGUGCCUGCGAGUAUCCAGGCGGGCUGGCCGCAGUUGAUGCAGGGCCUCCUCACCUUGUUCGAGGGUCUUCCUCAAGCGAUGAAGAAUCGUGAGGAAAUGGAAAAGGAAAUCGGCAAUGAGGAUGAUUUUGGAGACUUUGGCGACACCUGGGGUGAGGACGAGUGGGAUGAGGCAGCUGAGGAGGAUGAGGACGUGAAGGAUAAAGACAACGAAUAUCUGGAUUUCCUUUCUCGCGAAGCUGAUAAGCUCCACAGCGGGACAGUUACUUUGGGAGAUGAAGAGGAGGAGUUUGGAGUGGACGACCUCGAGGAGGAGCCGUUGUUUGAGACGCCGCUGGACAAGAUCGACGCGUACGUUCUAUUCCGGGAUCUGUUCUCCACUCUUCAACAAAGUCAGCCUCAGCUGUACAGCGGUUUGACCGGUAGACUUUCGGACCGGGAACAAGCUUUGUUCCAAAGUAUUGUGAACCAAGCGCAAGUGAAUGCGUCAAAAUGAGCUUGUCUCCUCUUUCGGCGGCAAAGUAGUCGAUUGCAGCCGCGAUGAGAAUAGAACAUUCAACGAAAACCGAAUACAAGUUAUAAAGCAAAGAACCCCAUAAGACACAUACCAAACGCCCCAAACCAAAUAUCCUUCAUUGUAACUCUGCGUUCGUCUCGUAUCUCUCACGCGCCUUGCGCAGCAG